AUGCCCACCACCUCCUCCCACCGAGUAACCAAACCACCCACCAACAGCAAGCGGGGAAUCCGACGCGCAUCCCGCAAACCAACCCAGCCAACAUCAACAUCACCAACUCUACAAUCCCAAUCCCAACAUGAAGCCUCCCAAAUUGAACCCCGAAAUCAACCCACCCCACCACCCCAACCCCAACCAACGCAACCACUAGUCGAACGCACCAACGCCCUCCCCCUGGCCGAAUUCAUCAACCUCUACGUUCCCAAGGAAGACCUCCACAUCACCAGUCAGGUCAACACGGAAGAGCAGCAACAGCAACAGCAACAGCACUACACCAUCACACUCUACACCGCCGCAACGCUGCCGCCCACCCUCUUCACGCAAUGCUUCCAGCUCAUCGAAACCACCUCGGCAGACGCCUACCGCGCCUCCUCAAUCGGCUGGUCCCCCCCCAAAAAGCGCAAGGAGAUGCAGCUGCCCGACAUCAAGUAUCUGGUUCUCCGGCGCGCCACGCCCCAGUCCCGGGAGACGAGGCCCGAAAAUGAGCAGGAGGACGAGGAAGUGCUCGGCUUCCUCUCGUUCAUGGUCACGUACGAGGACGGGUUCGAAGUGGUCUACUGCUACGAGGUGCAUCUGGCGGCGAGCGUGCAGCGGCAGGGGCUGGGGGCGCAGCUGAUGCGGGUGUUCUUGCGGAUCGGGGAGCGGCUGGGCAUGGCCAAGGCCAUGUUGACCGUCUUCCGGGCGAAUGGGGCGGCGAUCCGGUUCUACGAGCGGUUGGGGUUCGGGGUCGAUGAGAGCUCGCCCCGGCCCCGGCGGUUGAGGAAUGGAACAGUCAAGGAUCCCGAUUAUCGGAUUCUCUCGAGGGUGUAUGCGAGGGAAAGAUGGGCCACAGAGUGA